AUGUCAUCACACGCGACGUUAACCGCAGCAAGCGACGACCGCAAAGCGCGCCUCGCCAAGCUCAAAUCGCUCAAGCGCAAGCAGCCAACCGAAGGCGAAGCAGAACAAGCAGACGAAGCGCCAGCACCGCAAGGCGACGUCGCCCCCCCAGCAGCAACAACCACUACCACCACCACCUCCGCCACCCACUCCCCAACCCCACCCACCAACGACGUCGCCCGCCUGCAUCUUUCCGGACGCAACUACGACUUCGAGACCAAGGGCGCCAAGCUAGGCUUCGAAGCGCCGCCCACCCUAAACCUCGACAAGCCGACGCUGGAACAACAAGCGCAGGACCUCGAGGAGGAGUCCAGACGGCAGGCGGCGGUGGACGCGCAGGACGAUAAGGGGAUCGACCUGUUCAAGCUGCAGCCCAAAAAGCCCAACUGGGACCUGAAGCGGGAACUGAACCAGCGGAUGGCGGUGCUCAACGUGCGGACCGAGAAUGCCAUCGCGAGGCUGGUGCGGGAGAGGUUGGCCGAGAAGAAGGCUGUUGCCGAGGCGGCGAGGGGGAAUAAGACCAAGGCGGCGGUGGGAGGGAUGCUGGAUGGCGCGGCGAUUGUGGAGGGGAUGAGGGUAAGGGAAAGGGAAGAGGAGGAGGAAAAUCGGAGGGAGAGGGAGGCCGAGGCGGAGGAGUUUGGUAUGGCCUGA